AAAUUAAAGUCUUGAGUUACAAGCGCUAUUGCAACGUCGACAAAAAAACAUGGCGUCCUCCAUGUCUUCACGACGGCUAUUUCAAGAGCUAUCAAAGGAAUUCAAGCGUAUGCACCCAAAAGUGAAACUUGAUGAUGUUCCUGCCUUUAAUCACAUGACAGCACAGUUCAAGAAAUUCAAAACAACAGGAAAACUUUUGUGCCGAGCAGACAACGAGGUUCAUUAUGUUGCAGAUUCUUAUAGGUGUAUGUUACAGAGCACCAGGAAACACGAGGAAUUGAUCCAGAUAUAUGGUGGGAAAGGAGACCGGAGUAUAGAAGAGAGUGCAAAUUUAGUGGGACUGAAUCUGCCCAAAUGUUGAUUAGACUGAGAUGAAAUUUGAUGGUGAACGGAGAUGAAUUUCAUGAACAUUGGAGGAUGUUAGAUUCUUUGUGCCAAUGUCAGUGGAUAAUAAUAGGACAAUAGAAAAUUGCAGUCAUGUGAUUUGGAACGAGCCAGAGUGAAUUACAUGAAAUUUUAUUUAAGAACCAUAUACCCCGACCCUGGCUUUUAACCUUGAAACUGAAUAAAGUUGCUUAAUUUAAA